AUGGAGAGCGGCAACUUACAGCUGAUAGCCUACCUUCGCCUGUCAGGAAAUGCUGUCAGGAAUGCUUGUACAGAUACAGUUGUAGUGGACACGGACAGCCCUGCUCGAGACGGGAAUGGAAUUGAGCGAGGCUGGCUGUGCCGAGAUAAGGCGCGGAGGCCGCGCGCCCUUCUCUCGCUGCGCUGUCGCCGCCGGCACCACUCGCUGGCCACCUCCGCCUCCCCCGACAUGAAAUCCGCCGUGGUCGUCGUCCUCGUGGUGUGCGCAGCUGCCGCCGCCCGCGCCGGGCUGCUGCACCACGCGCCGCCCCCGCCGCCGCCGCCGCCCCCGCAGCACGAGAUCAUCUACGACUACGUGGCGCCGCCCCAGUACCGCUUCGACUACGCGGUGCGCGACGGCCACACGGGCGACGCCAAGACGCAGUGGGAGCACCGCGACGGCGACCGCGUCACCGGCGCCUACUCGCUCGUCGACGCCGACGGCACGACCCGCAUCGUCGAGUACACGGCCGACGACCACAACGGCUUCCAGGCGGUCGUGAAGCGCGUCGGUCACCCCGCGCCGCCGCCCCCGCAGCCUCCGCGUCUUCCCGCCCACCCCGCCCCCGCCCCCCACCCCCUGCCUUACCACGUUGGUAAAAGUAAUUUUACUAGGACAAGAAAAAAUACUGAUAUGUCAUUACAACCUGUCACAAAGAACUACAGCUCUAAUAAUUCUGAUACCCACCGAGGCCGACACCAUUCACCGGCCACCUCCGCCUCCCCCGACAUGAAAUCCGCCGCGGUCGUCGUCCUCGUGGUGUGCGCAGUGGCCGCCGCCCGCGCCGGGCUGCUGCACCACGCGCCGCCCCCGCCGCCGCCGCCGCCCCCGCAGCACGAGAUCAUCUACGACUACGUGGCGCCGCCCCAGUACCGCUUCGACUACGCGGUGCGCGACGGCCACACGGGCGACGCCAAGACGCAGUGGGAGUCGCGAGACGGCGACCGCGUCACCGGCGCCUACUCGCUCGUCGACGCCGACGGCACGACGCGCAUCGUGGAGUACACGGCCGACGACCACAACGGCUUCCAGGCGGUCGUGAAGCGCGUCGGUCACCCCGCGCCGCCGCCCCCGCAGCCUCCGCGUCUUCCCGCCCACCCCGCCCCCGCCCCCCACCCUCUGCCUUACCACGGUUAGUCUGCCGCUGCAUUGGUAACAUCUGCAUCACCCACUCCCACUAUAAGAAUUUCACCUUCUAUCUCCCUCCUCACACUUGUUAACCGUCUUUCUCUGUUGCAGCUUACUUGUACAAAACUCUUAUGUUAAUCUCAUGUUGUUGUUGUUAACUGUGUUGAAAUAAAAAAAAUGUGAUUAAAAACUA